GAAACGGGUGUCUCUUCCAGUAAAAGGGCAGCCAAGAUCGCGGCUUUUGGUGUUCAUUUCGGAAAUCGCCGGCGAUGGAGAAGGAGGCAGCGCUGACGCAGCACCAAGGCGGCUUGGCCGAGUACCCGAGCCGGAAGCCGCUCCAGAAGGCGCUCGUGGUGUCGAUCCUCGUGUACAUCGGGUCUUUUGCCUUUACGUGGUACAAGGUGUACUGGGACACGCUCGUUUCGCUCGCCUUUGUCGCCCUCGGCUACUACGCGAUCUACGACCCCAACAGUCGCCCGAUGGGCAAGGCCUUCCACCUCUUUUACAUUGGGCUCAUGCUGUGCAUUCUGCUGCACACGAUUGCGUUUGCGCUGCUCGUCGCCGAGCUUGUGAGCAGCCAAGUCGAAGCGGUGCUCAACCUCAAGCUCAUCGACUCCCCGACAGGCCUCAUCAUCUUUCUCAUCAUUCUCGAGGUCGGCUACAUGACGCUCACGGGCGUCGCGAUCGGGCUGUGCUACCGCCUCCGCUGCGAAGUCGACGGUAUCGUCGACGACCCGAUCGAGUACCACGAGCUCCUCUAAUCGCUACGACCCUCGUGUGUUGUAUAUACCGUCGUCCUAACGUCAAGUACAUCUGCAUCCUUGGAGCUUGUUGGUGCCAUCCAUCACGACGC